AAAAAAAAAAAAAAGAACCAAUAUUCCAUUGUGCACAAAAUAUUAUAUAUUCUAUUCCGACAGAAAGCAGUUAAAAAAACCUGCUAUACACGAGGGGGGAGAGAGAGAGUUCUUGAUUUAUUUUUUUUCACGAAUGGGAGUGAUAAAGGACUAGUCUCACCAGAUUGUCGCAGCAAGAGAGAGAUCCAGUUCUGCAUCUAUCAGCUAGGGCUCUUGAGGUUGACAUCACAGCAAACGAAGACAAGAAAAUUGUCAGAGAAAAUGACGGAGGAAGUAAUUUUAGCUGGUUCUCAAAAUCUAAUAAGUGGAUCUAUUGUUCAUCCUGUAAAGAAGAAGAGAAAUCUUCCAGGCAACCCAGAUCCUGAGUCUGAAGUAAUAGCCUUGUCUCCAAAGACUCUAAUGGCCACCAACAGAUUUUUGUGUGAAAUAUGUGGGAAGGGUUUCCAAAGGGAUCAAAACUUGCAACUCCACAGAAGAGGGCACAACUUGCCAUGGAAGCUGAAGCAAAGAACAAGCAAAGAAGUGAGGAAGCGCGUUUUUGUGUGCCCCGAAAAAACCUGCAUCCACCACCAUCCCUCGAGGGCUCUGGGAGAUCUAACAGGCAUCAAAAAACACUUCUGUCGAAAGCAUGGGGAGAAGAAAUGGAAGUGUGAGAAGUGCUCUAAACGAUAUGCUGUGCAGUCAGAUUGGAAAGCGCAUUCGAAGACUUGUGGCACUAGGGAAUACAAAUGUGACUGUGGGACUAUAUUUUCGAGGUAAUGUAUUUUCCUCAUACUCCUGAAACGAUAUUGUUUAGAUUGUUGAAUUAAUAGCUACGGGAAGACAAAUUAUGAGAGAUUAUUUUGAUUAUCAUAUAGUUAAGUCAAAAAUAAAUAAAUAAAUAAAUAAAUAAUGACUAUUAGAGGUUCUUUUGCAUAUUGUUCAACUCCAGACAUCAUUGUAUUCUGUUUAUAGUAUUUUUGAUAU